UCCCUCAGGUGGAGCCUAGGGGCAGGACUCAGGGACAGCCCGCUCCCCGCACCGCCCUCUCCGGCUCCAGGGGCGUUCCCGGCUGCAGCCGCGAUCCUAACGGGCUCGCGAGGCGCCCCGCCCACCCUGGGCCCGCCCCCGGCUCCAUCUUGCGGGCGACCGGGUUGGGCUGUGACGCUGCUGCCGGGGUCAGAAUGUCAUACCCAGGCUAUCCCCCAACAGGCUACCCACCUUUCCCUGGAUAUCCUCCUGCAGGUCAGGAGUCAUCUUUUCCCCCUUCUGGUCAGUAUCCUUAUCCUAGUGGCUUUCCUCCAAUGGGGGGAGGUGCCUACCCACAAGUGCCAAGUAGUGGCUACCCAGGAGCUGGAGGCUACCCUGUGCCUGGAGGUUAUCCAGCCCCUGGAGGCUAUCCUGGUGCCCCACAGCCAGGGGGAGCUCCAUCCUAUCCCGGAGUUCCUCCAGGCCAAGGAUUUGGAGUCCCACCAGGUGGAGCAGGCUUUUCUGGCUAUCCACAGCCACCUUCACAGUCUUACGGAGGUGGUCCAGCACAGGUCCCACUACCUGGUGGCUUUCCUGGAGGACAGAUGCCUUCUCAAUAUCCUGGAGGACAACCUACUUACCCUAGUCAGCCUGCCACAGUGACUCAGGGCACUCACGGAACUAUCCGACCAGCUGCCAACUUCGAUGCUAUGAGAGAUGCAGAAAUUCUUCGUAAGGCAAUGAAGGGUUUUGGGACAGACGAGCAGGCAAUUGUGGACGUGGUGGCCAACCGUUCCAAUGAUCAGAGACAAAAAAUUAAAGCAGCAUUUAAGACCUCCUAUGGCAAGGAUUUAAUCAAAGAUCUCAAAUCAGAGUUAAGCGGAAAUAUGGAAGAACUGAUCCUGGCCCUCUUCAUGCCUCCUACAUAUUACGAUGCCUGGAGCUUACGGAAAGCAAUGCAGGGAGCAGGAACUCAGGAACGUGUAUUGAUUGAGAUUUUGUGCACAAGAACAAAUCAGGAAAUCCGAGAAAUUGUCAGAUGUUAUCAGUCAGAAUUUGGACGAGACCUUGAAAAGGACAUUAGGUCAGAUACAUCAGGACAUUUUGAACGUUUACUUGUGUCCAUGUGCCAGGGAAAUCGUGAUGAGAACCAGAGUAUAAACCACCAAAUGGCUCAGGAAGAUGCUCAGCGUCUCUAUCAAGCUGGUGAGGGGAGACUAGGGACCGAUGAAUCUUGCUUUAACAUGAUUCUUGCCACAAGAAGCUUUCCUCAGCUGAGAGCUACCAUGGAGGCUUAUUCUAGGAUGGCUAAUCGAGAUUUGUUAAGCAGUGUGAGCCGUGAGUUUUCCGGAUAUGUAGAAAGUGGUUUGAAGACCAUCCUGCAGUGUGCCCUGAACCGCCCUGCCUUCUUUGCUGAGAGGCUCUACUGUGCUAUGAAAGGUGCUGGCACAGAUGACUCCACCCUGGUCAGGAUUGUGGUCACUCGAAGUGAGAUUGACCUUGUACAAAUAAAACAGAUGUUCGCUCAGAUGUAUCAGAAGACUCUGGGCACAAUGAUUGCAGGUGACACGAGUGGAGAUUACCGAAGACUUCUUCUGGCUAUUGUGGGCCAGUAGGAGGGAUUUUUUUUUUUUUAAUGAAAAAAAAAUUUCUAUUCAUAGCUUAUCCUUCAGAGCAAUGACCUGCAUGCAGCAAUAUCAAACAUCAGCUAACCAAAAGAGCUUUCUAUCAAGGACCGUAUCAGGGUAAUGUGCUUGGUUUGCACAUGUUGUUAUUGCCUUAAUUCUAAUGUUAUUUUGUUCUCUACAUACAAUCAAUGUAAAGCCAUAUCACAAUGAUACAGUAAUAUUGCAGUGUUUGUAAACCUUCAUUCUUACUAGUUUCAUUCUAAUCAAGAUGUCAAAUUGAAUAAAAAUCAUAGCAAUCUCUGA